GCCCCCCACAGCGACCCUUUCGUUCUCCGCUCGCGCUGGUCUCGGACUCUCGGCCACGCACAAACCCUCGCCGACUCGCCGUCGACUCUUCUAAACCCUUCUGGCUUUCCCCAUGGCGACCACGGCAACCGCGGGGGGCGCCGCCGCACCGCCGCCGCGGCAGUGCAAGCUGGACCCGAAGAGCGAGCUGCGCGUGGAGGUGCCCCCCGACGCGCCCCUCCGCGUGCGCCUCGUCGCCGGCACGGCGGAGAUCUUCGGCACCGAGCUGCCCCCCGAGGGCUGGGUCCCUAUUCCUCCCCGCUCCAAGAUCGCCAUUUUUACUUGGCACGGCGCGACGCUGGAGCUGGACGGGGUCACCGAGAGCGAGUAUCCUUCCGAGGAGACGCCAAUGGUGGUUUACGUCAACACACACGCUAUUCUUGACGCUCGGAGGGCAAGGGCAAGGGCUGCUGCAGCACAGGGGGGUGAUUUGGAGGCCUCGCAGGGACCUAGAGUGAUUGUUGCGGGACCAACAGAUUCUGGAAAAAGUACCCUCUGCAAAAUGCUCCUUAGCUGGGCUGCCAAACUGGGCUGGAAGCCUACAUAUGUGGAUUUAGAUAUCGGCCAGGGGUCUAUAACGAUCCCUGGAUGUAUUUCUGCUACCCCAAUUGAGAAACCUAUCGAUAUUGUUGAUGGGAUUCCCUUGGAGAUGCCACUGGUUUACUUCUAUGGCCACCCAACUCCGAGUAUCAAUCCGGAUGUUUACAAAGUUCUUAUGAAGGAGCUAGCUAAAACAUUGGAGAGGCAGUUCUCUGGGAAUGCUGAAUCUAGGGCAGCAGGAAUGGUUAUCAAUACCAUGGGGUGGGUUGAAGGCCUUGGGUACGAGUUACUUCUAAAUGCAAUUGAAACUUACAAGGCCAAUGUGUUGUUGGUACUGGGACAGGAGAAACUCUGGAAGAUGUUAAAGGAUGCAGUUCAAAGCAAGCCCAACAUUGAUGUUGUAAAACUUCAGAAAUCAGAGGGUGUUGUCCUCAGAAAUUCAAAAUAUCGCCAAAAGACUAGAAGCUUCCGAAUCAAGGAAUACUUUUAUGGGAUUGCAAAUGAUCUGGCGCCACAUUCAAACAUUGUCAAUUUCAGUGAUGUCUCGGUAUACAGAAUUGGUGGUGGUCAUCAAGCUCCUCGCUCAGCAUUGCCUAUUGGUGCAGAGCCUGUGGCAGAUCCUACUCGGCUUGUUGCUGUCAACAUCAGCACGGAUAUGAUUCAUACAGUGCUGGCUAUUUCUUAUGCUAAGGAACCUGAUGAAAUAAUUUCCAGCAAUGUCGCUGGAUUCAUUCAUGUCACAGAUGUGGACAUCCAAAGGAAGAAGCUGACAUACAUUGCACCUUGCCCGGGGGACUUGCCGAGUAGGCUGCUGAUUGCGAGCUCGCUUACAUGGUAUGAAGCCUGAUCAGUUCAUGACUGAAGAUUGUAGCAUAGAUGGCAGUAUGCCCAGGUAGCGGCAUGUUGUAAAGCCAGGACAUGUUGUAACGCUGGAACUGACUGUACUGUACUGUGUUGCACUGCUAACCUACAGAAACGAUGAGGGGAAACAUUUU